ACACACACGCACACGCACACACACACACACACACACACACACACACACACACACACACACACACACACACACACACUGGAGCAUCUCAUGUGUGGCACUAACCCUCGCACCUGAGUACCAACCCGCUCAGCCUGGCACAGCUCACUGAUGCAGCACAUGCACCGCUGACAUGCACUGCAACUGGAAAUACUGAGGAACACGACCUGCAGUCAGAACCAGUCCGGUUUGUGCGUGUAACUGGUCCCCGUUUCUGAUCCUGCAUUUGUGGCAUGGCAUGCAGAUAGAUCAUCUUCAUCCUCCUCUUCCUCAUCUAGUGUGAUUUAAUGGGGCUCCUGAGGAUCAUGAUACCACCCAAGUUUCAGCUGCUGGGGCUGCUGGGUUUUGCUCUGGCCAUGCUCUUCAUCGAGAACCAGAUCCGCAAACUGGAGGAGUCCCGAGAUAAACUGGAACGUACCAUAGCCAGACUGGAACGUCAUGAGGUGGAGCAGAAGCAGAUUCAUGAUCUGGUCCAUGAAUCACCAACGCUGGACGAAAACAAUGACCUGGUCAUCAUCUAUAAUCGAGUGCCCAAAACUGGCAGCACGUCUUUUACCAACAUUGCCUAUGACCUGUGUGCCAAAAACCAUUACCACGUUCUGCACAUCAACACCACUAAAAACAACCCCGUCAUGUCGAUGCAGGACCAGGUAAGGUUUGUGAGGAAUGUGACCACCUGGAAGGAGAUGAAACCUGGGUUUUAUCAUGGCCAUGUAGCCUAUUUGGAUUUCUCCAGAUUUGGUGUGAAAGCGAACCCCGUCUACAUUAACGUGGUGCGUGACCCUAUUGAACGGCUAGUGUCGUACUACUACUUCCUGCGCUUUGGAGAUGACUACCGACCCGGCCUUAGACGGCGAAAGCAGGGGGACAAAAAGACGUUUGAUGAGUGUGUAGCAUCAGGAGGAUCAGACUGUGCUCCAGAGAAGCUCUGGCUCCAAAUUCCAUUCUUCUGUGGUCAUUUCUCUGAGUGCUGGAACGUGGGCAGUCGCUGGGCUCUGGAGCAGGCCAAAUAUAACCUGGUGAAUGAGUACCUGCUGGUGGGAGUGACGGAGGAGCUGGAGGAUUUUAUCAUGAUGUUGGAGGCGGCCCUGCCACGCUUUUUCAAAGGAGCCACAGACCUCUACCGUACAGGUAAAAAGUCCCACCUGAGGAAGACUACAGAGAAGAAACCUCCCACCAAAGAGUCCAUCUCCAAACUGCAGCAGUCAGACGUGUGGAAGAUGGAAAACGAGUUCUAUGAGUUUGCACUCGAGCAGUUCCAGUUCGUACGAGCUCACGGCGUCAGGGAGAAGGACGGAGAACUCUACGUGCUGGGACAGAACUUCUUCUACGAGAAGAUCUACCCAAAAGUGAACUGAAAUCCAACAGAAAGACUGGCCAUCUUUUUUUAUUGUCCACCUUGGAGAUGAGAGGACGACUUUUGGGAAUUCAUUUCACUUCUUCUCUGGUUUAGUCCAGUGAAUUUUUGCUGUAAAAACCCUGUACAGUCGAUUUAAAUACAGUUUACACCACGCUCGGUGAUAACAGGAACUCCAUUAGGAUUUUAGAGUGCUUUUAUGUCCAGAUCUCUUCGUUCUUGUGUGGAAUCUUUGUAAGACGCAGGACAAUUCUUUUAUGUUUUACAGAAUUUUUUUUAAAUAAUUAAUUUAGACUUUUUAAAAGGGAAAAAAAACAACAGGGUGUAAAAGGGGUGUGCAGUUUUGUACCAGACUGACAAUUAAAAGCACUUUCAUUUUAUUACAACAUGUUUAAGCAACUUUCAUAACUUUUUUUCCCCUUCUGCAUCCAAUAUAUUGAUGAUUGACAGUUUACAUACAGUGGGGGUUACCUUCAGAUGGAAGAGACCUCCUAGUAAAAAUGUUGUUAUUUUUUUACAUUAAUGACAAUGUUUUUCAUUACAAGUCAUAAAA